AUGACUCUCCGUGGUAAGGGUCCAACGUUGGUUGGAGUACUUUGGUUUGAAACAAUCUUGUGUAUGAUUGUACUUGCACUGCGAAUUUAUACACGGACUGUGAUCCGCCGCAGUACUGGUUGGGAUGACUUGUUGCUUAUUUUCACUUGGGUGUUGAUGGUUGCCUUUGCAGCCCUCUGUACAGCAUCCGCACAUCAUGGUAUGGGUGUGCACGCAGGUGAACUUGGCAUCGAGGAUACUACUCAAGGAAUGUUACUGCUCUUGAUUGGGCAAAGUGUUAUAGCAAUUUCAAUGGGGUUGAGCAAGUGCGCUGUCGCUGCUUUCUUAAUGCGGAUUGUUGUCAAAAAAUGUAUCCUGUUGGCUAUUACUGUUUUUGCACAAUGCACACCAGUUCAGUCGAUCUGGGACUCCCGUGUUCCGAGUAAUGGCUGUUCUUUGAAUCUCACGAUCAUGGCCACAAUUAUGUGUGCAUGGUCCGCUGUCCUUGACUUUGUUCUCGCUCUCUUCCCAUGGGUAGCCCUGUGGAACUUGAACAUGAAGAAGAAGGAGAAAUACACCAUUUGCCUCUCAUUAAGUUUGGGUAUAUUCGCCGGAAUUUGCGGCAUAAUCCGAACAACAGGUCUCGACGCUUUAACUCAAUCAACCGACUAUCUCUAUGCAACGACCGACUCGGUGAUGUGGACCAUGUCUGAACUUACCACCACCAUUGUUUGUGUCAGCAUCCCCGCCCUUCGACCUCUCUACCGCUCCAUCCGCGGCAACCUCUCAUCCAACGACGCCUCAAACUACAACGAUCUCCCUCCCUAUGGAAAAAGCAGUGGUGGACGCAGCGGUGGAUGCAGCGCAAGACCGACCUUUGCCAUGGAUACAGUGAUAACGACUACCGUGCAUGGCAAAGAUGUUGACAGCGAGUCUAGGGAUAGUGGGAGGAAUGAAGGGCACGGAGAGGAUACAGAUACGAGACGUAUUUUGCAACAUCCAUCUCCUCACUCAACUGGUAUCUAUCAAGUUAAUGAGGUGACGGUAUCUUAUGAGGAUCGAAGGCCCGGUGAUGUGACGUCCGGCGAUAACAUGCCUUCUAUCCCUGUUAAAGCCAGGCAGCAUAUUUGA